CCACUUUUUAUGAUACCAAAGGUAUAUGAAGUAAGGCUAGAUUGCUCAGAUGCUGGCUCCAAGAAGCGACCAGACUUUUCAUACUUUGUCAAAGUAAACUUGAGAGCAAAAAAAUCCAUUAAUCAGCAACUAAAUAUUAAAGGUGGACCGAAUAAAUCGGUGAUGUUUACAAAUAUGGGAGAUAUAAUUGAAUCAUUUCUUAUGGAUUUAAGUUUUGAUGGGAUAUAUUCAUCGUGGCCUUUUUGCAAAAGCAAACUUGUGAUUGACAAAGCCUCAAUGCCAGUCAUUGAAUCUACUUUUUGUCAUUUUGUAUUGUUAGAGCAAACAAACAAACUAGCAGAAGAUUUCUUAAACCGAAGAGUUUCAUUUACUCCACCAAAUCAAAUUAUGUAUGGAUUUACACGUGAAAACCCAGAUUCUCCACAAAUUAAACG